ACAUGCAGAGCUUCUUUAGGUGUGGACUCUGAUAGCAGGGAUAACCAAGAGGUGAUAAAUAAUGAAGGUUGUAAAAAAGAAAACCAGUAAAACCAAAAAGUGAAACUUAAGGAGGGAAGUAUGAAGGGACACCUUUUGCUGGCUUUUAACCUUCUGAUUUUGGGGAGCCUUUGGACUACUUUCUUCUGGUAUACAUGCAACACAAAUUCAGAGAAACCUCGCUACACCCUAAAGAAAAACAAAGAUUGUAGCCACUGCAGGGAGAUAAAAAGUCUCUCCAUAGAUGUUUGCUCUAAAGCUUCACAAACAGAGGAGGUCACUGAUGUAACAUCAAGUAAAGACCAACCUCAGAAAGUGGCUGACAAGAAAGAAGCUUCUAAGCCAUGUAAAGACUGCAGGAAGCAAAUCAAGGACAUUUUAGAGCCUUACUCUCAAGCCUGGGCGAGGAAGGAGGAAAAGCAUGAAGAAAUAAGGACUUUGCUUAAACUCAAGGUCAGUGGUUAUAAAAGUGCCAUUAUUACUCAGGAAAACACUCCGGUGGGAUCCAAGCUUGUUAUGGAUGGACAGAAAAAGAGGAGUAUUGAAGUGAACACUGAGCAUUUUGAAACAUUUUUAAAGGAGAAUCCUUUUGCAAAUAAAACAUAUGACAGCUGUGCUGUUGUUGGGAAUGGUGGGAUCCUUGCAAACAGCAGCUGUGGAAAGAAGAUAGAUUCAGCUGAUUUUGUUAUCCGGUGCAACCUAGCUCCUCUGAUAGAUAAAUACAUCGAACAUGUUGGUAUUAAGACAAACCUGGUGUCGGCAAACCCAAGCAUCUUUUAUGAAAGGUAUGGAUCUCUUACAGGACCCCGACGGAAGUUUAUGGAGAAACUGUGCCAAUAUGGCGACUCCAUGCUUCUCCUCCCUACCUUCUCUUACACUGGAAAUAUUGCUGUCUGUUUGCGGGCUUACCAAACAAUUCAGGACUUUGAAAGCCCCAUCCAACCUAUCUACUUUAGUCCAGCGUACUUAAAAGAUCUUGACACCUUUUGGCGCUCUCAAGGAUGGAAAGCUGUACGGCUCAGCACUGGCAUGAUCCUGACAAGCAUGGCACUGGAACUCUGUGACAACGUCCACCUGUACGGCUUCUGGCCCUUCAGUCUUCACCCAUAUACAUUUAAGGAGCUGACUAACCACUAUUACGAUGACAAAAAACCAAAGGGGGGAUUUCAUGCCAUGCCAGAGGAGUUUAAGCUCUUAUUGCAGCUGCACAGCAAAGGUGUACUUAAGCUGCACCUUGGAGACUGUGAACCCAACAAAGAUUAGUCCAAUAGGAAGAAAUUGGGACCUGGGCAAACUGCUCCUUUUGCCUAAUUAUUCAUAAGAAUGCGAAUCCAGCAAAGCAUUUAAACGGCUACUUACCACUAAAUCAGCAUUUUUUAUAUAUUUUUUUUUUUUUUUUUUUUUUGCUGAUUAACUCUAUGGAUAGUUUUUCUUCAGUGAUAUUAACAUGUCCCAGGCAUUAUUGCAUCGAUUUACUCCUUCAUUGUUUAAAUUCCCCUUUUGUGUCUAUAACUGCCUAAUUGGUGCCCUCCUCAGGUUAUGAUGGGUUACUACAUUAGAUCAGAUCUGAUGUGCUCUCUUCAUCCUGUGCCAUUGGAAUUGGCUCGGACGAGGCUGCCUUUUACAACUGGUUUUUCUGUCUGUGCUUCUCUCUCUUUGAACCCCAGUCAGCAGCUCACACUGAGCCUGGUUCUGCUUGAGGUUUCUUCCUGUUAAUAGGGAGUUUUUCCUCUCCACU